CUAAUUCAAUGGUGCACCCCCUUGAUGGCGAUGGUGCCUGGAAUGUGGCUUCACCAAGUGAUAUGGCCACGGAAGUUUCGACUUUCGAGCUUCAGGGAGAGGCUAGCAGUCUCGGCCUGGGCGUGCAGCCCAUGGCUGGCAUAGGGCUGAAAGGAGGAUUCCUGUACAUUCGAGUGCUCGAGGCUGGAAAUCUAGGCUUCGAUCGUGACUCAGAAAGAAAAGUUUGUAGCAGCUGCUUUUGCCUUGGCUGCAGUUCAUGUUCAAAGAUCAAGGAUGGAGCUGUGCAAAUUGCGUUCUCCUGCCUCAGCCUGGAGCGGUCUGCUCGGACAAAGGCUGCAUACAUCCAAGACGGGAGAGCUGUCUUCGGAGAGGAGAUGUUACUCCGCGCCUUAAAUUUCUGCAGCGCAGAUCGGUUACAGGUGACCUUGGAGACCAAAGCCACGGUUCUUGAGGCCUCCAUGCCGUUGCGUGCGGGGCUUCCACCAUCGCUUAUGAGCAAAGAGGAUGCAAAUAUUCACCUUGAGAUGACAGCCUGGCCCCCACAGCAACGACUCUACUUUCAAGGUGAAACUCCGGCGGCAGCAUAUUUGGAUAUCGAGCUGCUACAGCUGCUGGACGGCUCGAUGUGCACAGCGAUGGGGGCGGCGCCAUUGCUGAGUGCUUUGCAACGAAGACAGGAGCAAUUGAUCCGUGGGUACUUGGCCUUCGACUAUGUGGAGCGUCUUAGUCUCGAGGAUCAGGCCUUAGUGGUGGCGUCUUCCAUCAAGCACUUUCCGAAUAUGUUGCUGCAGUUGCUGGACCAGAUCCAACCCUGUCAGGAGCACCUUUUGAUGGCCAUCAAGUUGGGUGCUGAUCAGCUUCUGGAACCCUUGCUCCAGGCUGGUGGCAUGAGCAUGUUGAUGUGGGACGAAGUCCAGGAGUCCGAGGACAAGGGUGAUCCCCCGAUGGUCAUGGUCAUUCGGAGCAAAGGAUCUUUACAGUCGAAGCUGCGUAUGAUCGCCACCCUAACGCGGCACGGAUUUUCAGUGGAUGCCCGGUCGCCAGCAGAUAGCUGGACACCACUGUUAGCUGCCGUGGAAAGCGGCUCACGGCGCCUGGUGACGGCCUUGCUGCAGCUGGGAGCGCGCCUGAGCGCUGACCGACACCUAGGUUUCACACCCCUGCACCUCGCGUGCCAAAUGGGGCAUUGGCAAUUGCUGCCAUGUUUGGUCGAGGCCAUGCAGAAGCAGUAUGAGAGGGUGGCAGCCUGGGGCCCUUCUCCGCAGUACAUCUCGCUGAACGUGGCAGAUGCAUACGGGAGGACACCUCUGGAUAUCGCUUUGCUGCGAUACUUCUCUAGCCCAGAUGAUAGGCCCGGAGACGAAAAGAAGGCCUUGGAUGUUCUCCGGGACUUCCUUCGCGAAAGGGCACCAGAAGACGGCCUCGUGUGCGGCUGGGAGUUAUUCCACGUGCUGAACUUCAUUGAUGCGCCUUCCAAGAAGGCGUUGAGAGCUCAAAUGGAGUGCGAGGGCCGAGGCUCACCUAGCCAGUCCCCCAUGGACAAGGACGAGUCUAUGGAGGAGCCGCAGAGCGGAGAAGUUGAAGAGGUGCUUCAGGCAAUCCGACUGUUGCUGCAGGCUGGUGCUCAAACCCGAUGGUUGCAGGACUUCCUGGAGCCUGGCAAUUUGAGUUCGGCGGCAAUCAAAGCCACCAUCAGCAAUAGGUCUCUUUCCAAAUUCCCUGCGCUGGACGCGGAGCUGGAACAUGAAGAGCACUAGUGCUGGGCCAUUCAAUUUCUGAUAUAAGAG